GGCCCGCCGUGCGCGCGCGGAGCAGCUCCGCCGCUGGCACGUCGAGCAGGGGAGAUGGGAACUCACUCCCCCGGAGCGAGCGCGCCGGGCCAAGCACCCCUUUCUAAACCAGCCGCCGGUGCCGUCGCACCCCUUGCCGAUCGUGACCCCGCCGCUGGCGUCGGCCGGCGGGGCCGGGCACCUUGGCGGGCACAUCAUCCUCAACCAGGAGCAGGUGACCUUCGACGCGGCGCAAGAGGCCGCCGCCGCCGUGGUCACCCCGUACAACCUCCAUGAGGUGGUCCAGUCGCUGCGGCUGUCGGACCCGGUCCUGUGCCCGCCGCCACCGCCGCUGUCGGAUCUGUCCAACGGCCCGAUCGAGGUGCCGGCCGACCCGGCGGCGACGGCGGCGGCGGCCGCCGAGCCGGAUGGCGAUGCGCCGUCGGCGGCGACCGCCGCCACGGCCACGGCCACGGCCGCCGCCCCGCGCAAGCGCUUUCGCCGGCCGGUCUUCGCCCCGGCGGUCCUCCUCCGGGACGCGGUUUCGCGCAAUGACACGGCCGAGGCGGCGCGUUUGCUGGCAGCCGGGCUGGUGAGCCCGGCCGAGGCGCGCGACCACUUGCGCGUCGGCCUCCUGCACAUGGCCGCGGCCAAUGACAAUGCGGCCCUCUGCUGGCUGCUGCUGAUGGCGGCUCGUCGCGAUGCGGCUGCCGCGGCCACCGGACGCCGGGUCAGCCCCGGGCUCGGGGUGGCCCCGAUCGACCGGGCCUACUCGGCCGGGGAGUGGAGCCUCCCGGCACCGCCCCACUCCUUCACCGCGGAUAGCGACUAUGUCGACGCCCAGGAUGUCGACGGGUGGACGCCCCUGCAUGUGGCCAUCUUCUGGGGGGCAUCGCGCGCGGCGGCCGUCCUCCUGGCGCACGGGGCGUCCUUGCUGAAGACCAAUUCCGACAAUGACACGGCCCUCGACCUGGCCGAGAGCGACAGCAAGCUGUCGCUGGCCCUGCAACGCGUCUUCCGCCAGCGGGGCCACACCUCGGCCGACCUGGAUUCCGCCCGUAAUGCCGAAUACCAGCGCCUGUCGCACGAGAUCGACCUGCUGGAGACCUUCCCCGACCGUCUGCACCUCAUCGACCGGGUCAUCCCGGAUUGCCCGGGGUACGGCACCCUGCUGCACAUCGCCGCCUGCAAGGGCUACGUCGACCUGGCCAAGCGCCUGCUGGAUCUGGGCGCCAGCCCCAAUGCCCAGGCCUUGCUGCCGGUGCCCCGGCGAAAGGUCGGCCUCUUUGGGCACUAUGCCCUGGUGCCGUUCCUGGUGCCGGAUGCCCUGGCAUCGGUGGCCGCCGCCGCCGGGGAGGCCAUCUUCCUGACAAGCGACCCGGCGGCCGGGGUGCCCGACGCCCUGGCCGCGGUGAUGGCCGGCUCGGCGUCCCCCGCGGCCGGCCCCGGGACGCCGGGCGCCCUGUCGCACAGCUCCAGCUCGGACCUGAAGUCCUCCGGGUCGGAUCUGAAGUCCUCCGGGUCGGGCAUGGACUCGGGGUCGGAUUCCGACGGGUCGGACCUGGACCCGGAUCGCACGAUCGACAGCACGCCGGCCGAUGAUGAGGACCCCGGGCGCACGCUCUUCAAUGAUGAUGACGAUGGUGCUGGGGCAGCGGGCGCCCCUGUGGCCGGCACGACGGCGGCCCCGGCCCCGGCCCCGGCCCCGAGCAAUGCCGCUGGCCCCGGCCCUGGGGCGGAGGACGCCGCAUGUCUCGCCGGGUCGCCGCCGGCCCCCGCCAGCGUGGGCGCCACCGGCGACGAGGUGAUCCUGGUGGGCGAUGCCUGGACGCCGGCGCACGCGGCGGCCUUCUGGAACCAGCCGGACAUCCUGGAGCUUCUGGCGCGGCAUGGGGCGCAUUUGAUCAUCGAAAAUGUGGACGAGAUCUGGCCCGCCCCGCAGCCGAGCUUCUCCUUCGACCAGCUGCUGGCCCUGAAGGAGGGCGAGUGCCCGCCGAUCUACCACCCGCCCCCGCCGCCGGGGCUCACGCGCACCGCCCUCUCGGCCUUCCACUAUGCCAGCAACCGGGCGGACUUGCAGAAGCUCAUCCGCGAGUGGCAUCACGCCCAGCGGGGCGAGGCCAUGUGGGCCUCCGGUGCCGGGUUCGACGAUGGGGACUUGCUCUUUGAUGGGGGCCUGGCCGGGGGGGCCGGCGCCGGCCGGGGGGAAGAUGCCCUGGCCGGUGGCGGUGCCCCGGGCGCAGCAGGAGCCGCAGCAGGCCACUUCGGCGUCGGCAGCAGCACCGCCUGGCCGGAGGGCAUGGUCUCCGGGGCCGAGCAUCCGGGGUCGCUCUUUGCGGCCCCCGGCGCGGGUGGCCAGUCGGGCUUCGGCCUGGUGGCCGGCCCCGGGGCCGAGCAUCUGCCCCAUCACUCGCAGCAUCACGCGCACCCCUUCCAUCAGGACCCCUCCUCGGGGCAGGCGAUGCUCUAUGCCCUGGAUCAUGGGGCUGGCAGUGGCGGCGGCGGCGGCGGCGGCGGCGGCCCCAGCAUGGCGCACUCGCAUCUGACGCACUCCCACGGGCCGGGGCUGGCGAGCAGUCCCCUGGCGGCCGGGGCGCCGGGGUCGCCGCGCGGCGGUUCGGCCGAUGCCCAUGGCAGCGGGGCCAUCGCGUCCGCGGCCGACCGGUCCAGCCACUCGGGCCUGGCCAAUGACACUGGCCCCCCGUCCUCGCAUCAUCACCAUUCCUCCCCCCCCUCGGCCGGUGGUGGCGGUGGCGGGCCCACAAGCGGCGGCCCGGGCAGCGGCUCGCCCUGGUCUUCCUCGCCGUCGCUGCUGUUCCUGGAGGUCACGGGCGAAGCGCAGGCGGCCGGGCUUCCGGCCAACGGCGGCGGCAAGGGCUCCCCUUCCUCCUGCGCUCCCUUCUCGGGCUCCUUCUCCGGCAGCCCGCUGUUUCACACCAUUCUCUUCGCCCUGCGGCUCUUCGGGCUGCUGGUGUUCAUCAGUUGCUUCACCAUCGGUGUCUGUGUGGCCACUCUGCACUUCGUCGGGCCGUGUGCCAUCCCUGGCUUGUCGCCGCUGGCCGGCGUGCAUCCUUCCGAGUGCGGUGUUCUGCUGAGCACUCCCUGCCAAAACAACCUCUCCUGCCAGCCGUGCGCCAUCCAGUCCGGGUGCACGUGGUGCUCGGAGUUCGAGGUCCUCGAGACCUCCGAGAUGUCGCUGACGCUCGGGCGGCCGGACGACCCCGGCUCCGGCGCCGAGCUUGCUCGGUACAACCCCCACCAAUUCCGGACAAGCAUCUGCCUGGAAGCCAAUGAGUGGGGCAAGCCGGCCAAGCUGUGCUUCUACUCGCGCACGCCGCCCGCCGAGGGGGGCUCCAGUGGCGGCAGCUCGUCGGCGCAUUCCGCCUCCGCGAACCCCAUCUAUGGUGGUGGUGGUGGCAGCGGCAGUGGCAGUGCGGCCAUCAUCAUGGUCGACCCCCUGGCCGGGGCACUGAGUCUCGAGCAGGCCCUGGCCACGCAGUACACCGGCACCCUGUACCACAUGUGCGGGCGGUGCCUGUCCUACAGCCAUGGCCAGUGCAAUGUCUCCACGCAGGUGCUCUACAUCGGCGGGUCGCUGCUACUGGCCACCGCGGUGUUGCUGAUGGCUGUGGCGUCGAUUGUCUGCCUGCGCUGGCAUCGGCAGCGCCUCGGCCUGCUCCGGUCUGGCGGCGGCCGGGGGGACCUCCUCCAGGCCGGCGGCGCCCUGCACAAGGCCGGCUCCUCGGUGUCCGGUCGGCGGUCGCCCAGCAGCAGCAGCAGCAGCGGCGGCGGCGGCGGCGGGGGCCUGCCCCAUGGCAUGGCAUCCACUGACGGCGGCCGGGCCUCCUCCUCAUUGCCCGGCGCCGCCCGGUCGCACCACCCCGCCGGCGCCUUCGAGAUGGAUGAGCUCCCGCCAUCGCGACCGGCCCCAGGUCCACCAUCCCAUAGACCGGACCCCGCGGCCGGGGUUGCCGGCGGGGGCGGGCCCGGGGGCGGCUGGCCCUCGCCCUCCCCCUCGCCGUCGAUCUAUGCGGCGUCCAUCCAGUCCGGCUCGUCCAGCCAGUCGUCCUCCAUCAACACCAUGUCAUCUGGCGGGUCCUCCUCGUCGGUGUCCUCCACCGGCAGCCACGACCUCCUGCUGGCCAAGCAGCACUUUGCGGACCCCGGCGCCAAGUAGACCCCCGGGUUCCUGCUGCGUGUGUGUCUCGUUCUCCCCCCCCCC